AUGUUAAGAUCCUUUAUUCCACAAAAUACUAUCACCAUACGUGAAUAUUCUGGACUUGGUCAAAGAAAACAGUUUUAUAGAAAGUAUCCUCUAGAAUUAGUUGGAAUUAUAGCUCCCAAAGAAUUUUAUCAAUCAAUAGAUACUAUUAAUUAUGUACGUGGAAGAACAUUCACCAGAAAAACUCUUGCGGUGUGUCUUUUGUUUACAAUUCUUUUCGUGGGAUCUAUAAUAACGAUUCUUGGCGGAGUAUUAACAGCAUUUACAUCUCGACCAGUAUGGAUUACUUUGUUGUCAAUCGGAGGUACAAUGUUUGCAAUUCCCACUCUGUAA